AUCAUUGUAGACAUUAUCUGAAUAUAUAUUCAAUUCUUGUAGCAGACGAAAAACAUAACCUUUUAGGAGAUACUCAAUUGUUAUUAAAAAUCCGAAUGAAUUAGAGUAAACACUACUUGCCGUUGUAUUCAUAAUGGCGAAUGACAGGGAGGUACUAAGAGAAAUUUGGGAUGGUAAAAUUCCUGUUUGUUUUACGCUUGAUUCUGAGGAAAUUUGUGAAUUGCAAGGACCUGACCCAUUUUAUCUUAUGGUGCCUAGGUUAAGUUAUUUUCCACUCUGCACAGAUAAGAUACGAAAGCAUUUUAUAAGACAUAUACAAAGUGACAGUAAGCAAGAACAUGAAAUGUGGUUAGAAUUCAAUGGUAUUCCCUUAAAAUGGCAUUAUCCAAUUGGUGUUCUUUUGGAUAUUUAUUCUAACGAUGUUGAAUUACCUUGGAAUAUUGUUGUCCACUUUGAUAGGUUUCCAGAAAAUGUUCUGAUGCACUGUCAAAACAAAGAAGUAGUGGAAGCAUAUUUUCUCUCAUGUAUUAAAGAAGCAGAUGUACUAAAGCACAGAGGGCAAGUUGUAUCUAGUAUGCAAAAGAAAGAUCACAAUCAAUUAUGGUCUGGUUUAUUGAAUGAUAAGUUUGAUCAAUUUUGGUCUGUGAAUCGAAAACUUAUGGAAGCUAGUAACAUAGAGGAAGGUUUUAAAUACAUACCAUUUCGAUGUUAUACAAGUGAGGAUAAAUAUGUACAAAAACUUGUAAAACCUGUCAAUGAAGAAGGUCAAAGAAAAACAUUGAGGCAUUUAUUGAAUGAAGUAUUUCCAGAUAAUGAAAAUAUUACAGUGUUUACUCAUGGUAUUACCCCACCUUUAGAAACACCUCUUCAAUGGAUGUCAGAACAUUUGAGUUAUCCUGAUAAUUUUUUACAUUUAGUUGUGACAUCAUAACCCAAAUUGAAAUAGCCAGUUGAUUAAUUAUCAAUGAAAAUUCUACAAAUUGUGAAUUCAGUACUAUUUUCUCUUGUCAGUAAAUAACUGGCUUUCUAAUUAAGAUCCCUUUAUGAUGGAUCUUUUUAAUUUUUAUGUGCUUUGUCCCAUGUUUAUUUAUUUUAUACAAAGUCAUAAAUGACACUCUAAUUUUUCCUGAAGAAAAUAAUGAUUAAACGCUUACUGUUGCUUAUAUUCUUGUAAUGCACGAACGUAUGCAAAUUUUAUCACAAUUGCAACGUCGAAUUUUAUUAAGAUUGGAUCGAUAUCGGACCACAUUUAUCAUAGAUCAAUCAAAUUGUAAUUUAACUAACAAUAAUGUAUCAGGAAGAAAAUAUAUUGUAUAAAUAUAAUUAUAUAAAUAUUUAAAAAUCAUUUAGGUAUAUAAACAUUAUAUUCGACAUAAAAUCAAUGUGAAUAUUUUAAUGGUAAUGAAAAUUAAUUAAUAGUAUACUUCGAAAGACAAGAUGAAGGAGAAUUAAAUAUUAAAAAUGCCAAAAAUAAAUAAAUAAUCGACAAUUUAAUUUAAAAUUAAAAACCAUAAUUGAGGCAUAAACUAAUUUAUUGCACAACUAUCUCGAGGCUUUCGAUAUAUCCUUAGUAUUUGGGAAGAUAUGUUUUCAUCAUUGCGAGUUGUCAAAGAGCCAGUUGGUCUCCGCACAAUAACGGGAUGAUUUCCGUAAUUACUGUAUUCCAUCGUUCUGCGGCUCGUUCCAAAAGUUAAAUAAUUCACUUCUCUCUUACUUUGUUCCUGUAACACAAAGAUUUAAAAUAAAUCCCAAAAAUUAAUUAAUUAAAACUUCGAAAAAUGUACGUAAUUCUAUGCAACACAUUGUUAAAACAUAAUUUGUACAUUAAAAAAUGUCUCUAAAUUUAGAAA